AGCAAGUUUUUGAGCGAGAGAGAGAGAGAGAUAAAGUUGAACGGAAAGUGCCCACGGCUUUAUGGUUUCUACAUACAGCUCAUGCAGGCUGCGUGUGCCAAGAGACGACGCGAUAACCAAUCAGACUUAUCGCGAGAGCGAAAGAUUUGUCCGCUCCGUUUAAUCCUUUUGUCCACAAUGUCGCUAAAAAUCGCUCCGAAAUGUCUCGAGAUAGAGAGAAUUAAUGGGUUAAAUUGUUCAGAUGCGAUUGGUCAAUUCACUUCCUGUCCGAGAUCUGGGAUUGAUUUCUAGCGUCCGGUGGACACGAAAGCGACGUCGCCACACAAACACACACACACCACACAGCAGUAACAGCACAGCAGCAGCAGCUACUACAGCUCGCUCUACCGCGCACGCUUCGAACUUUUUUAAUGCUCCACCUGAUCCACAUCUCGUUUUGGCUGCUUUUGGUUAUCACCGAUCCACGUGCGAGCCACGCGGCGAGAGAGAACGGAUUAAUUUCGUAAAUAUAUAUUUCUGUAGAGUGAAAAAGGAGCCACGCACGAGAAAUGAGUGCCGCGGAUCAACGUCAGUCUCGGCAGGAGAUUGAAACGACGCAAUCGUCCAAGAAACGUCAAGUCGACGACGAUCGCAUGGAGGUAGAGACGAUUAAUGGGAUAGAGGGAAAGGUAAAGAAGCAGCAGCCGGCUAAAAAGAGGGCCAAGAACGUACAAGGUGGAGAACAAAGAAAGAUAUCGGUACCAGCGCACAGAUACUCGCCUUUGAAGGAAAACUGGUUAAAGAUAUUUACACCCGUCACCGAGCAUCUCAAGCUUCAAAUACGUUUCAACCUGAAGACCAGGAAUGUGGAAAUUAGAACGGCGCCAGAGACCCCGGACAUUUCGUAUCUCCAAAGAGCGGCGGACUUCGUGAAAGCGUUCAUCUGCGGAUUCGAGGUGGAGGACGCUUUAGCCUUGUUACGUCUGGACGACCUCUUUGUGGAAUCCUUCGAGAUACAGGAUGUCAGGCAACAAAUAAAAGGCGAUCACCGGUCCAGGGCGAUUGGAAGGUUAGCGGGCAAGGGUGGAAGAACGAAGUUUACCAUCGAGAACGUAACGAAGACCAGGAUUGUGCUAGCCGAUACCAAGAUACACAUACUCGGUUCAUUCCAGAACAUACAAUUAGCUCGUAGGGCAAUAUGCAAUUUAAUCUUGGGCAGUCCUCCUUCCAAGGUUUAUGGACAAUUAAGAAACAUAGCUAGCAAGAUUUCGGAACAGUUCUAAUAUCUAUUUAUUUGUAUCAUAUACAUAUGUAAAUAUACAUCUUUUUAUUAAUAACUA